GCGCACGGACCACGGCGUGUUUACAUCGGAGCCGGUGAGUCUGGUUCGGUUCUUUUCGGCUCUUUUCGGCUCGGUUCGGCUCGGUUCGGCUCGGUUCGGUCCUGUGGAGAUGGAGAGUGCGUGGUGCCGCCUCGGGCCCGCGCGUUGGAGCGCGCUCACGCACAAACGGGUGGCAGUGCACGCGGACAACGGGCACGAGCUGCGCGGGCUCGUGGUAACGGUGGAUCCGGUGUCCGCGAGUCUGGUCUUGGUGGACUUUAGUUCUUCUGAGGUCCAGGUGGUUUUGGGACACGCUGUUAAAGAAGUCCAGAUCCUGGACCAGAACCUGGACCCGGACCUGAAGACCCGACUGGAGACCCUCUUCAGGGACCCGGGACCCGACCAGGACCGGAGUCUGGACCUGGACCGGAUCAGGACGCGGCUCUUGGACUGGAUCCGUCUGAACCGGAUCCCGGCGGAGCCUCGGGGGGCGGGGCUGGAGGUGGCGGGGGGCGUGGUCACCGUGAACCCGCCCUUCAGGGUCCAGGACUGUGUCGGUCUGAACCAGGUGGUCCUAGACCGGGUCCAGAGACUGAUCCAGAACCAGCCCCCGGACCAGGACCGGGACCAGGACCAGGGACCAGGACCAGCCACCGGACCGGGACCAGGACCGGGACCAGGACCAGCCACCGGACCGGGACCUGGACCAGGACCAGACCUGAGACUGUUUUUGUUUUUCAGUUUGUAAAUAAAUAAAAGUUCCUCUUGUGUCUGUGUGAACUUUGAGCUUUGACCCUGAGGUUCAUUUUGUUAAAUCUUCAUGUCGAUGUAAAUCAGGUCCUGACCCGAUACAUACAUGACCUGAGUUUAUCAGUGUGUCAACAACAAAGACGUGAAAGUGUCAACACACAAACACAGACACACAAACACAGACACACAAACAAACACAGACACACAAACACAGACACACAAAUGUGGAUAAUUGGUUUAGUUCAGGGGUCAGGGGUCACCCCUCCGCUGGGUCAACGACACAAAUCCUCAAAAGUUCAUGUUUUAUUUAUUUUUUUUGUCAAAAACUUUUACAUCUUGAAUUUUGUUGAUUUUUUAAAAUAAAAAAUUGGAUUUAACGUG